AAUUUUAUUUGUGUACGUCACGUGACAACGAACCGUCCGCAUGGGCGUUGUCCACGCCUGGGCGGGGUUGGCGUCCUCUGGCCUCCGGCAUUCUCUGUGUAAUAUUACGAGCAUCGGAUCUCUGGCCUUGUAAAAAUCGAAAGCGACGUCGUUGUUGGAGAGGAGUCGCGCCAACUUUCGGAGAUUCCAUCGAAAACAAGGUAAUUGCUUCCAAGGUCGUCCUACAGCUUCUAAUUUAUUUGGCAACCUCGUCUUCGACUGCCGGAUUCACUUGUGGUGACGUCUCUCUCUGCAUUCCCUACUCGUGCACGCUAGUGCAUUGAUUAGUUGAGACUGAGAGGUUUGCUGCGUCUUGAUAAUUAACUCCGGAUCUCUUGUGACGGCAUUCUAGGUUGUAAAAUCUUCAGGUAGGCAGUGGCUCUAUGUUGUCUCAGUUUCUUUUACUCACUUGUCUGCUUGUUGGUGGUGCAAAUACCGAGACGUUCGAAUGGUAUAGAGAGCCGUGGGGACCGUGUAUGAGAGACAAGUCGACCUGCUGUGGCACAUGCGAGCAGCGGCGCGACGUUUAUUGCGCGGUCGUUGGCAAGCCGUCUCCCGUGCCGUCGCGCUAUUGCGACGGGGUACAGCAGGGCCGCGACGCGUUCGACACAGUGAGAACGUGUAGCGAGAGAGACUGCGUUCAGGACUGCGUCGUCGGCGAGUGGAGCGAGUGGAGCGUUUGUAGUAAAACGUGCGGGCGACUCGGAUUCGAGACGCGGCGGAGAGACGUCCUGGAAGCUCCCGAUACCGACGAUACCGACAAUACUGGACGGAAGUGCGACAUUCUGGCACAGACGACGACGUGUAGAAAUGUGACCAACUUUCCGCCAUGUCCGGUUCCGAUAGAACCGACGGGACCGGCAGCUGCUGUGUACAAAUGGAGGCUCGGAUUGUGGCGUAGUUGCGAGCCGCUCACGUCCGAGGUGAAUGGACAUGCUUGCGGACCGGGUUUGAGAAGGCGUAUUGUGAAUUGUGUAGCGAAGAAUGGCAGUCUCGUUGAUGAACUGAACUGUAAGAGUGAUCGCAGAGAGCCGUCGCCUACUAACACUCAAGCGUGUAAUCUGCCAUGCGAUUGUGUUGUAUCUUCAUGGAGCGCGUGGAGCGUUUGCUCCAUAUCGUGCAUCGCUAACAGGACGUUACUAGAUUCCAAUUCGAGUUCAGGUUCUGGUGCUGGGUUUGAUUCCGGAAAUGACACGGUUGUUGGUGGUGAAGACCCGGAUGAUCCUCAUGUGUUGCGUACUCGCUCGGUUCUUAGGGCAAGCCAGUUUGGAGGCAGAGGCUGUCCACAGCUUAGAGAACGUCAGCCAUGUGAUUUGAGUUCUCUUCCUGAUUGUCCAGUAUCGGUGUGGCACACAGAAGAAUAUGGAGAAUGUGAAAUUAACAGAACUAUAUCUAACUGUGGGUUUGGUCUUAGAAAACGAGCUGUUGUUUGUCAACAGUUGACUGCGGGAACGGAUGAUGUUGUUACGGUUUCUGAUGCAUUUUGUACUGGUGAAGUCACGUUGCCAGGUGCGCCACCUGCAUCAAACCCUGUCAAACCGUUAAGUAGUCAGCCAUGUCAGAUACAGUGUCCUGAAGAUUGUGAGAUGGGUCAGUGGCGAGUAUGGUCAAAGUGCUCACAAAGUUGUGGAGAGGGCGGGGUUCGUACACGACAGAGACCGAUUCUUGCUGAUGCAAAACACGGUGGAAGGGAAUGUGGUGCAACGAUCGAGACGAGAAGCUGCGAGAUACUCAACUGCACAUUUUGGUUUGUCACACAAUUUAGCAAUUGUCAUGCCAAUUCAGGAACGUGUGGAGAUGGGACACGCAUUCGAAAUGUCUUCUGUCAGAAUGCACUGGGAAGUCCAACGAAUAUCAGUCACUGUGACUAUUUACCUCAUAAACCAAACGAAGAUGACAAUUGUUAUAUUCCUUGCUCAGAUGACUGUGUGCUGUCUGCUUGGUCAUUGUGGACGACUUGUCCAUUUGAUUGUGGACGGGCUGGAAGUGUAGUGACACGCCAUCGAUCAGUAGACAUUAAUGCUACCAAUGGAAAGUGUGUGGAUAGCGAUGAGCUUCGUCAAAAGAAGCCUUGCAAUGCGUUUGUUCCUUGUAUAUCGUAUGUGUGGAUAACAGAUCCGUGGCAGGUCUGUGUCCCUCAAGGCAAUAAAACUUGUGGAGAGCUAGUUGGAGAACAGACUAGAAAUGUUUACUGUGAACAGCAAGUGGCAGGCUUUGGAAAAGGCCCGGGAGACAAGUGUGUUCGAAAUGAUAUUCCUGUAAGUAGACAAUCAUGCACCAUCAACUGUCCUGUUGACUGUGAUGUCAGUGCAUGGUCACAGUGGCUCAAGUGUUCGGCAACAUGUGGACAAGCCACACGCACAAGAUCGCAGUUUAUUAACCAAACUGCAGCUUUUGGCGGGAAAGAGUGUCCUCCUAAUGUUGACGGGAUUAUCACGGACACGGGAGAGUGCACACAGCCGCCAUGUUACGCAUACGCGUGGGAGACAGGAGACUGGACGAACUGCUCUUUGUUCUUUGUCAAUGAAACUUGUGGCCCUGGCUUUCAAACUCGGCCAGUUGUUUGUCGUCGUAAUGAUGGCGAUAUAUCACCAAGUGGUGUCUGUUCUGAGACAUUGUUCAUUGCGCAACCGGGAGAUACACAGAACUGUUACAUUGCAUGUGCGGAUGAAUGUGUCUUCACUUCAUGGUCUGAGUUUGGUCCGUGCUCUGUAGAUUGUGGUCCAUCUGGUGGCAUUCAGAAUCGAACGCGAAGCGUCCUGAGUGAAGGAUCGAUUGUGACAGAUUUUGCAAACAAGUGUCCACACAUUAAGCAGUCAGACUUGGUGGAAUACAAUCCAUGUAAUGAUAAACCAUGUGUAACAUAUCAACAUGUGCCUACUAACUGGUUGAGUUGUAUUCUUCCUGCUCCAAACGAGUGUGGUGGUGGUCAACAGAGACGAUACAUUCAGUGUGAACGAAGCGAUCGCGUAUUCGUUAGUGCAAGCAAGUGUUUUGGGAUGUCUCUUCCUGAUGAUGUUCGGCAAUGUGUCAUUGACUGCCCUAUUGACUGUGAACUGAGUCAGUGGUCGAUGUGGUCUGAAUGUUGUGGGGCUAUGUUGAGAUCACGUUAUCGGACAGUCAUACAACAAAGUAAACAUGGAGGCCGCUUAUGUUCAUCUGUGAGGAAUCAGACUGCUCCGUGUGCCAGUCAGUGUCAAUGGAAGGUUGGGGAUUGGGGAACUUGCAGUGCUACAAGUGGACAGUGUGGAGCUGGAACAAGACAACGGAGUGUCACAUGCCAAGUUGAUUCACAAACAGGAAGUGAUGCAUCUUGUUUAUCACUUGGAAGCAAGCCCAUUAAAACAACAGACUGUGAUGUACCUUGCGUGAAGACGACAUGUAUUGUGGGACCAUGGAGUGAGUGGGGUAAGUGUGAAAAAUAUGACAAGAAUUCUCUAUGUCACCAGUUAGACCAAGGACAAGAGACAAGGAGUCGAUCUUUGCUACGAGCUGGAUCAGGAAACAAUUGUUUGAAAUUGGAAGAGGUAAGGCAGUGUUCGCUUUUACAGUGUUUAGCGUACAAUUGGAAUGAAGGAAGUUGGGGAGACUGCUUGUUGGUUAGUGCAAACUCUCAACAAUCCUGUGGAACUGGAUAUAGAAGGAGAUCUGUAACAUGUGAUUCAACGUCUGGUCCAACUGUUAGUGAUGUAACAAAGUGUAAUGCAUCUCUAAAGCCAGUUGAAAGAGAGAAUUGCUCGAUCUCCUGCCCAGUAGAUUGUCAGGUCUCCCAGUGGUCUACGUGGAGUAACUGUAAUGGCACAUGUGGGGGGCAUGGCAGUCGACAACGAAGUCGUCGCGUCACAACAACAGCAAGUAAUGGAGGACGAGUAUGCCCGUCUCCUCUUCUACAGACCGAGCAUUGUGAAUUCUCACCGUGUUACACAUACUCGUUUGUGAGAUCUGAAUGGAGUAAAUGUUCGGUUGGUAUUAACACGUGUGGAAUUGGUGAACGACUACGAUCAGUGAAGUGUGUUCAACAUGAUGGAAUACCCGCUAGUAGUCCAUCCUGUUGUCUAGAAGGUGUGUGUCGCAGAGCAACAGACGAUACAACAGAUGUUGGAAGUGAUUUCGAAGUCAAGAAUGACAUUCAUCAAGAAGAGCGAUGCGGUGAGCCGUGCCCGGGCGAUUGUCUGUUGUCAUCAUGGUCGUCGUGGAGUCCCUGCACAAAAGACUGUUUUGCAGGUGUCAACACGCAGCCUAACACUCCAAGUGCGGGCACACAAAUUCGAUCUCGAGGAAUUAUUGUUGAGGAAUCUGAAGGAGGUUUACCAUGUAGUACUCAUAGACGACUCUUUCGAUCAUGUGUCACGUCUAAUUGCUUCACGUACAAGUGGCAGACAGGCAAGUGGACUGUACAUGACAAUCGAACAGUAGAUUGUUAUCAAUUCAAUGGAGACGCUAGGAUAAAGAUUGUAUCUGUUGGAUGUGAUCCCUUGACUCGUCCUUCACAUAGCCGCAUCUGUACCGACGGCUGUCCACCAAAUACAAUGUGCACAAAUGAAGGAGAGUGUGUUUGUAUGGAGAACUACGAGAUGGACAUUUCUAGAACGUGUUUCCCUACAAGUGGUUGCUCGAACAAUAUCCACUGUCCAAUGGAAAACACAGAAUGCAAUACUACCACAGGCAGAUGUCAGUGUAAGUCUGACUGGAAGGUGCAAGAAGACUCAGCGAACAUAGAAGAAUGCACAGCAUUCAUCGGCUGUAAUCCCAGCUGUCGAGAAAAUGAGCGGUGUGACUCGACAAGUAAAGCAUGCAUAUGUGUGAGUGGUUUCAUAUCGGACGGCACUGACUGCUACCCAGAGAAUGGAUGCUUGUCAGACAAGCACUGUGUGAAGGCUAAUUUAAUGUGUAACAAGACAGCGUUAAAGUGUGUUUGUAAGGAAUGUGGAGAGAACAUGGAAUGCAUUAGAGGGUUUGUGCCUGCUGCAGCUGAUGGGUGUGUGGAGGUAGAGGCAACACCAGUGCCAUUAACCUCGGAUAGUACUCCUACCUGGGCUUGGAUCAUCCUUGCUGUUGGCAUCGUGAUUUUGCUGCUGGUUAUUCUGAUUAUUGUCAUUUGCACCAGACGACGUGGAUACAAGAAACACACGUUUAAUCAGCCUCUUCAGUUCGAACGAAUGGACCACAUCGGCCCCAGAACUACCAGUUCGUGGAUCUCAGAUCCUCCGCCGCGUCCGAUAUCUCACCUCCAGUCAAGCAGCGAAUCCAUAAAUAAACCACCAUUAGACGAGACAGACUUCAACCAUAGACCGACGUCACCAUCUGAUGACUCUGAUCUGGACGUCAAGAAACCGAUAUACGACACAGAAACAGACACAGACUUUGAUGGCUAUCAGUCGACUUUGGAAAAACGCAGGUACUAAUUCUUGUAGUAUGUUGAUGGGUACACCCUGCAUGUUGCUGGCAAAUUCACUGUUUUAUUAGCUUAUGAUACUAGGUGGGAUUUUGAUGAGCUGUGCUAGCGGUUUGUGGGGAUUAGGAGAGGGAAUCAACUGGUUAGUUAGAUGAAUAUUGGUGGGUCACGUUACAAUGAAUAUUUUGAUAUCU